AUGGAUAGGGUGUUAGUGGUAGGGACGGGGCUAACAGGGUCCGUCACGGCGGCGCUGUGUAGACAACAAUUACCAGAAUCACCUCAGAUCUCAAUCUGGGAUAAAAGCCACGGUGCAGGAGGUCGAAUGUCUACCAGUAGAAGUCCAAAUGAUGAUAGGUGUACUGUUGAUUUAGGAGCUCAAUAUAUCACCUUAAAACCAGAGUAUAAAACUAAACGAUCCAGUUUAUAUCAAGAGCUGGUAUCAGUUGGUAUAUUAGCCCCAUUAAAGGGGAAAAUAGAAAAUGAAAAGUUUGGUGGUGAAGAUUCACAACAUUUUGUAGCCAGUAAAGGAGUUAGUUCAAUUGUCAAAUAUUACUUGGCAUUAUCAGAUUCUAAUAUUGAAUAUGAUUAUCAAGUGAAUCAUAUAGACUAUAUCAAUAGUAAUGAUGGUGUUAAAGUAAAAGUAGGAACUACAAAGGGUAUUACAGAGGAAUUUGAUGCUGUUAUUUUAACACAACCUGUACCUCAGAUAUUACAGCUUACUGGUCAGAUACGAAACAAAAAAUCUCCAGAAGUAUACAGUAAUUUAAAGAAUGUGACCUAUUCCUCUAGAUUUGCUGUGGGUUUAUUCUAUGAACCAGGAACAAAAUUAAACUAUGAAUGGUGUGCUAAGUAUUUCCCUCAACAUGAAUGUAUAGUGUAUGUUUCUAUAGACAAUAAAAGAAGAGGUAUAGAAAAUGGUUGUGCACCAUCAGUUGUAGUCCAUACUAAUGUUACACCGUUUAGUUUAAAAAAUCUAGAAGAAGAUAAAGAAACAGUAGGACCUGUUAUUAUGAAAUAUUUAAAAGAUUUAUUACCUGAUUUACCAAAACCCAAAUCUGUUAAAUAUCAUAAAUGGAGAUAUUCACAGGUGCAUAAAAGUUAUGCCAAUAAACCUGGAUGUAUUAUAUUAGAAUCUAGACCACUAGUAGUAUUAGGAGGGGAUGGCUUUACUCAUUCUGGUUUUGAUGGCUGUAUUGACUCAGCAGAAAAAAUUGUGGAUACCCUAAAUAAAGUACUAUCUUCCAGUUUAUAA